AAUUUAGACCACAGUUGUUUGAGCUCAAGCACCUUCAAAUGCUUUGAAUCAAAGCACAUGCAUCAGGUAACCAUCACCAAUGCAAGCUGGGAUAAGCCGGAUGGCAGCUUGGAAUCACUUGAAUUUAGAUCAAACACAGGUCUCAUUGGAAAAGUUCCUUCUUGUUUUGGUGUCCUCAAGAUUCUUCAGUCACUAGUAUUAUCAAAAAAUGGUUUAACAGGUGAAACUCCACCAGAUAUUGGCAACAUCAUGUUAUUGAAGGGGCUUGUUCUAGCUGGAAACUAUUUUACUGGACACAUAUGAGAUAUUUUAAGUGCAUUAUGUGGGUUACUAAUACUAGAUUUAGAUAGAAAUUCGCGACCUGGGACUUCACCUUUGACACUUGGAAGCUUAACUUCCUUUUUGAAGCUUAAUGUGAGCCAUAACCAUUUGGGGAUUCUGCUGAAAGAAUUUGCUUAUCUUAAGAAUCUGACCCUUAUGGACCUUAGAAAUAACAGAUUCUCUGGUGGGUUGACCUUUAGUCUUCUAGAGAUGUAUACUUCGGAAGAAAUGGUUGUCCAGCGAUGCAAUAUGUGGAAAUAUCAGGAUCCUAAAGGAGGAAAGCCUUCAAAACUUGGUCAUUUUGGAUCUCUAACAUGGGAUUGA